AUGUCUGCGAAGCGGGAUCUGUCUGGCUACAACUAUGCCGCCAUCUCGUCUCUCGUCUUGACGGCAGACAGGUCCGCUCUACCCCGUCGCGACAAGGAACCUGAUGGUGCACCUACUUCUCUUGCAGGUCGCAUCGACCCCCGCGAGAUGGGCUCGAGGGUCCAGCGGGAAGCCCCUAAAGACCUCGAGAAAAAGAAGAAGAAGGCCGCGGAUAAGCAGGACGACACCGAAAAGCAGCUGUCUAAGCGGCGAGCUGCAGCGGCGACUGGCUUUGGCUACACCGAUAUCCUCGACGCGACCCAGGAUCUCGAGGGCUUGACCUACAGACCACGCACUGCCGAGACGCGGGAAGUGUACGAGCUCAUUCUUGCGAGCGUGCACCAGGCUCUCGGGGACCAGGCGCACGACAUCGUCCGGAGUGCCGCAGACGCGGUGCUCGAGUCUCUGAAAAACGACAACCUGAAGGACUUUGACAAGAAGAAGGAGGUGGAGGAGGUUGUCAGCCCGAUCUCGAACGAACAGUUCUCGCAGCUGCUCAACUUGUCCAAGAAGAUUACCGACUAUGGCGCGGAGGACGAGACGAUGGCGGACCCGGACAUGGAGCGGAAGGACGCGGAGAUCGACGACGAGAUGGGAGUAGCGGUAGUGUUCGACGAGGAGGAGGAGGAAGAGGAGGAGGAGGAGGGCUUUGAGGUGCGCGAGGAGUCAGAAGAGGAGGGAGAGGGCGCGGAGGGAGAGGCCCCACCCGAGUCGCUGGAAAACGACGACGAGCUUGUCAUCGGCGGGAGCUCUGCAGCGCAACACGGCAAGGCGCAGGUCGACAAGGACAUCGUCUCACCACAUUCCAUAGACGGCUUCUGGGUCCAACGCCAGAUCUCAGAGGUCUAUCCUGACCCCGCCACUGCGGCAGAGAAAGCGUCGGAGGUGCUGUCGAUCCUGGGCUCCGAGUCCAAUCUACGCGACUGCGAGAACCAGUUGAUGGACCUGUUCGAGUACCAGAGCUUUGACGUGAUCACCAAGUUCCUCAAGAACCGAGACGUGAUCGUAUGGUGCACCAAGCUUAUGCGGAGUGACGCGGACGAGCGCGUGAACGUCGAGGUCGCGAUGCGGGAGAAGGGCCUUGGCUGGAUUCUGCGCGAGCUGGCGGGAGAUAGGAAGGCGAAGGCGCGGACUGACGCGAUGGACGUGGACGAGAAGCCGAAAGUGGAGGUGCCAAAGACCGCAACGCUAGCUCCCGGCUCAACGGUGCAGCCCAAGGCGACGGUCGAUCUGGAGGGCAUGGCGUUCAGCCAGGGUGGACACCUCAUGUCGAACAAGAAGUGCAAGCUGCCCGAAGGGUCGUUCAAGCGGUCGAAGAAGGGAUACGAGGAGAUCCACGUCCCCGCGCCCAAGCAGAAGCCGCUUGCCCCGGACGAGCUGGUGCCCGUCACGGCCCUGCCGGAGUGGGCGCAGCAAGGCUUUUCGGGAAUGAAGAACCUGAACCGUGUCCAGAGCAAGCUGUAUCCUGUGGCCUUCGGUACCGACGAGCCUCUGCUACUUUGUGCGCCUACUGGUGCCGGAAAGACGAAUGUCGCUAUGCUUACGAUUCUGAACGAGCUCGGCAAGUAUCGGGACGAGCAGACUGGUGCAUUCGACCUCGACUCGUUCAAGAUCAUUUACGUCGCCCCUAUGAAGGCGCUCGUGCAGGAGAUGGUCGGCAACUUCAGCUCGCGACUCAGUGUCUUCGGUGUCAAGGUCGGCGAGCUGACGGGUGACUCGCAAAUGACGAAGCAGCAGAUCUCAGAGACGCAGAUCAUUGUCACGACUCCCGAGAAGUACGACGUUAUCACUCGCAAGAGUACGGACACCAGCUACACGAAUCUCGUCCGGCUCAUCAUCAUUGAUGAGAUUCAUCUACUCCAUGACGAGCGUGGUCCAGUCCUGGAGAGUAUUAUUGCGCGUACCGUCAGGCGCAUGGAGCAGACGGGAGAGUACGUCCGUCUUGUUGGUCUCUCCGCCACGCUGCCGAACUACCACGACGUCGCUACCUUCCUUCGCGUCGACCCUGCGAAGGGUUUGUUCUACUUCGACGCGUCAUACCGCCCUUGUGUACUCCAGCAACAGUUCAUCGGUGUCACGGAGAAGAAGGCAAUCAAGCGCUACCAGGUCAUGAACGAGGUCUGCUACGAGAAGGUCCUCGACCAAGCUGGCAAGAACCAGACGCUAGUGUUCGUCCACUCGCGUAAGGAGACGGCAAAGACGGCAAAGUCCAUUCGCGACAUGGCUAUCGACAAGGAGACCAUCACGCAGUUCGUCAAGCCUGACGGCGCCACUAGGGAGAUCUUGCUCGAGGAGUCAAACAAUGUAAAGGACCCGAACCUCAAGGAUCUGUUGCAAUUCGGCUUCGGUAUUCAUCACGCAGGGAUGUCGCGUGAGGAUCGUGGGCUCGUCGAAGAGCUUUUUGCCGACGGUCACCUGCAGGUGCUGGUGUGUACCGCGACGCUUGCAUGGGGUGUCAACCUACCCGCGCACACAGUCAUCAUCAAGGGCACGCAGAUCUACAACCCGGAGAAGGGUCGUUGGGUCGAGCUAUCGUCACAGGACGUACUGCAAAUGCUCGGUCGUGCUGGUCGCCCUCAGUACGACACGUUCGGUGAAGGUAUCAUCAUUACGAACCACUCGGAGCUGCAGUACUACCUGAGCUUGAUGAACCAGCAGCUGCCCAUCGAGUCUCAAUUCGUUGCCAAGCUUGCGGACAACCUCAACGCAGAGAUUGUACUUGGGACCAUCCGGAACAGGGAUGAGGCCGUUCAAUGGCUGGGCUACACCUAUCUCUACGUCCGGAUGCUUAAGGACCCAGUGCUCUACAGCGUUGGCAUCGAUUACCUUGAGGACGACCCUAGCUUGGUCCAAAAGCGCGCGGACAUUGUGCAUACGGCUGCCGUGCUCUUGGAGAAGUGCCACCUCGUCAAGUACGAGCGCGCGUCCGGCCGGUUCCACAGCACGGAGCUUGGUCGCAUCGCUUCGCACUACUAUGUCACCUAUAACUCGAUGGCGACGUACAACCAACACCUCCGCCCGACGAUGACGAUGCUCGAGUUGUUCAGGGUGUUUGCACUGUCAAAUGAGUUCAAGCUUCUUCCAGUCCGACAGGAUGAGAAGCUGGAGCUUGGCAAGCUGCUCGAGCGAGUCCCAAUACCUGUGAAGGAGAGUGUCGAGGAGCCGGCAGCGAAGAUCAACGUCCUCCUGCAGGCCUUUAUCUCGCAGCUCAAGCUCGAAGGCUUUGCCCUUGUCGCCGACAUGGUGUACGUCCAGCAGUCUGCUGGCCGUAUCUUGCGUGCGAUGUUCGAAAUCUGUCUCAAGCGCGGAUGGGCGGUCCCCGCGCAAGACUGUCUCGCUCUCUGCAAGAUGGUUGAGCGGCGCAUGUGGGGAUCCAUGACGCCUCUGAGGCAGUUCAAGGGUGUUCCGGCGGAGAUCGUCCGGAAGGCGGAGGGCAAGCAAUUCCCUUGGUACCGUUACUUCGACCUGAACCCGCCAGAAAUCGGCGAGUUGAUCGGCAUCCAGAAAGCCGGCAACUUGGUACACCGUCUCGUACACAGUUUUCCGAAGCUGCAGCUUCAAGCCCAGGUCCAGCCCAUCACGCGCACGCUUCUUCGUAUCGACCUGACUAUUAUUCCUGACUUCCGAUGGGACGAGAAGAUCCAUGGCGCAGCUGAAUCGUUCUGGAUCAUGGUCGAAGACGUCGACGGCGAGAUCGUCCUAUUCCACGAUACGUUCAUCCUACGGCAGCGGUAUGCAGAGGACGAGCACAACGUGACGCUGACGGUGCCCAUGUUCGAGCCUGUCCCUCCCAACUACUAUAUCUCCAUCGUCUCGGAUCGCUGGCUGCACGCGGAAACCCGUCUGCCCAUCCUAUUCAAGCACCUCAUCCUACCUGAGAAGUUCCCACCCCCCACACCUCUUCUCGACCUCCAGCCCCUGCCCCUCUCUGCUCUGCACAACAAGGAGUUCGAGAGUAUCUAUUCCUCCACAAUCCAGACGUUCAACAAGAUCCAAACACAGGUGUUCCAAGCCCUAUACACCACCGACGAGAACGUCUUCGUUGGUGCGCCAACGGGCAGUGGUAAGACUAUCUGCGCUGAAUUCGCGCUCCUGCGGCUCUGGAGUAAGCGCGAGCAACAACGGGCGGUGUGUAUCGAGCCGUACCAGGAGAUGGUCGAUCUUCGUGUCGCAGAGUGGCGCAACAAAUUUGGCAAUCUUCAGGGCGGCAAGGAGGUCCUUAGCCUGACAGGAGAGACGAGUGCGGACUUGAGGCUGUUGGAAAAGGGCGAUGUUAUCGUGUGCACUCCGACACAGUGGGACGUGCUGUCAAGGAGAUGGCGCCAGCGGAAGAACGUGCAGACGAUAGGUCUACUGAUCGCCGAUGAGAUCCAGCUUGUCGGCGGUGAGGUUGGUCCCACCUACGAGGUUGUGAUUUCCCGCACACGGUACGUAUCCGCUCAGACCGAGCUGAAGACCCGUAUCGUCGCAUGCGGUGUGUCGCUGGCGAAUGCUCGGGAUCUCGGUGAGUGGAUGGGAGCGCCCUCGCAUGCCAUCUUCAACUUCCCACCGAGUGCGCGCCCGCUCGACAUGGAUAUUCAUCUUCAGAGCUUCAACAUCCCGCACUUCCCAUCGCUCAUGAUCGGCAUGUCGAAGCCGGCCUAUUUGGCGAUCCUCGAGUACUCGCCGACGAAACCGGUCAUCAUAUUUGUCCCAUCUCGUCGACAAUGUCAACUCACCGCUGAUGACAUCCUUACACACUGCGGCGCGGACGACGACAGCAACCGUUUCCUCAACAUCGAGGAGGCCGAUCUUCAGCCUCACCUCGAUCAUAUAUCUGAUCCCGGUCUGGUCGAGACACUCAAGCACGGUAUCGGGUACUACCACGAGGCUUUGAGCAAGCAGGACAAGAAGAUCGUCGAGCGUUUAUUCCAGUCUGGUGCCAUACAGGUUUUGAUUGCGUCGAAGGACACUGCUUGGAACCUCCCGGUCGCCAGCUACAUGGUGAUCAUAAUGGGCGUUCAGUUCUACGAAGGCAAGGAACACCGAUACGUAGAUUACCCUGUGAUGGACGUCCUGCAGAUGCUCGGUCGCGCAUGCCGUCCCAUGGAGGAUGACAAGAGUCGCUGUGUGCUGAUGUGCCAGCAGACUCGGAAAGACUUUUACAAGAAGUUCCUUGCCGAGGGUCUGCCCAUCGAGUCACAUUUGCCUACACACAUGCUCCACGACUACUUCCUCGCGGAGAUUGCGGUGAAGACGAUUGAGAACAAGCAGGAUGCGAUGGAUAUCCUCACAUGGACGUACUUCUACCGGCGGAUGACGCAAAACCCGAAUUACUACAACCUGCACAAUGUCAGCCACCAACACCUUUCCGAUCACCUCUCCGAGCUUGUCGAGAAUACCCUCAACGACCUCGUCAACUCGAAGUGCAUUGCCAUCGAGGACGAGAUGGACGUCACGCCACUCAACCUCGGCAUGAUUGCGGCGUACUACAACAUAUCAUAUGUCACCGUCGAGGUGUACACACUCUCGCUCAAGGAGCGCACGAAGAUGAAGGGUCUUCUCGAGGUCGUGUCCUCGUCCGCCGAAUUCGAGUCCAUACCCAUACGUCGGCACGAGGACGUGCUCCUUCGACGCAUAUACGACCGCGUGCCUGUCAAGCUCGACCGCGCAGACUUUGAGGCGCCGCACUUCAAGACGUUCCUCCUGUUGCAGGCGCACUUCUCGCGUCUGCAGCUCCCUCCGGAUCUCGCAGCAGAUCAGGUGCUGGUGCUGGAGAAGGUCCUCAACCUGCUCUCGGCUUGUGUGGAUGUCAUGUCGUCCAAUGCAUGGUUGAACGCCCUCAGCGCGAUGGAUCUGUCGCAGAUGUGUGUCCAGGCCUGUUGGGAGUCCGACUCUCCGCUCAAGCAGAUUCCGCACUUUGAGCCUAAUGUCAUUGCAAGGUGCAAGGAGGCUGGUGUCGAUUCUGUCUACGACAUCAUGGAGAUGGAAGACGACAAGCGCAAUACCGUCCUGCGUAUGGACACGCGCCAGAUGCGUGACGUCGCAACGUUCGUCAACUCCUACCCCACCCUCGACGUCAACUACGAGCUCGCGAAAGGCGACUACUCCGCGGGCGCGCCGAUCCCCAUCAAGGUCUCACUCAGCCGAGACGCGGACGAGGACACGGAGGGCGACGACGAGAUCGUGGUCGCGCCGUUCUAUCCUCAGAAGAAGCUCGCGAACUGGUGGAUCGUCGUCGGCGAGCCGAAGACACGCCAGCUGCUCGCGAUCAAGCGCGUUACCGUGCACAAGAAUCUUGCGGUCAAGCUCGAGUUCUCGCUUCCACAGGGCACCCACGCGCUUAAGCUCUACGUCAUCUGCGACUCGUACAUCGGCGCGGACCACGACAUCGACCUGGACCCGCUUGACGUCGCAGAGGGCGAGGAGAGCGAGAGCGAGGAGGAGAGCGACGAUGCUAUGGAAGAGUAGAUGAGUCCGGGACACUGAUGCUUAUGUUCUUGCUGUUGUCGUUGUAGUUCUGCUUUGUGGUCUCCUCCAGUGUAUCAUUAGUGAAGUACAGUACUGUGUAUGUCAUAUUACAUGCUCUCCUAUAUCCCCCUAGAUCGAACGCGUAUACGGCUAUCUAUGAAUGACUUCUACUUCGCUGAUGGUCGGACGACGGUCAUCGAGGACGUAUCCACUCUACCAUGCUUGACCUCUUGCAGCCGUUGCUUGAGGAGAGCAAACAGCUCGGUUUUGUCCUUCAUCUAAGAUCCGACGUAAGUACGUCAGCUCGCGUGCACCUGCUGUGCAGGUUGUGUCCGAACCUG